UGCCUUGGCUCCGCAGCGGGAGCGCAGGGAAGCCGAGGACGGGGAAGCAGGAUGCCCGCACUCCACAGCCCGAGACUGUGUUUCCUGUGAGUCCAGAUGUGCAAUCCAGAUGUGCUGCAAUGGUGACAUAAACUGUUGACUGAGACUAGGAGCGAGCCUGAAACUCCAUCCUUCCGAUUUUCUUUUUAAUGGUGCUUCUAUUGGAAUAGACAACGAAGUGCAUCCAACAUGAGUUUUAUCAUGAAACCUCACAGACACUUUCAGAGAACACUCAUUCUGCUUGCCACCUUUUGCAUGGUAAGCAUUAUUAUCUCCGCUUACUACCUGUACAGCGGCUACAAACAGGAAAGUGAAGUCUCCGGGCGGGCUUCGGAAGUGGACUGCGGUGACCUCCAGCACAUACCGUCCAGGCUGAUGGAAGUGAGGAGGACAAUGAUUUCUGAUGCUUCAAGGACAGACCCUACAGUCCUGGUGUUUGUGGAGAGCCAGUACUCAUCCCUUGGUCAAGACAUCAUUAUGAUGCUAGAAUCUAUCCGGUUCCGUUAUCACACUGAAAUUGCUCCUGGAAAAGGAGAUCUUCCGGCGCUUACAGACAAUGUGAAAGGCAAAUACAUUCUCAUUAUAUAUGAGAAUAUUCUAAAGUAUAUAAACAUGGACUCUUGGAACAGAAGCCUCUUAGAUAAAUACUGUAUAGAGUAUGGUGUAGGUAUCAUUGGAUUCCACAAAACCAGUGAGAAAAACCUACAGAGCUUUCAGUUUAGAGGCUUUCCCUUUUCCAUAAGUGGAAACCUGGCAGUCAAAGAUUGCUGUAUUAAUCCUCACUCCCCACUCCUUCGUGUGACCAAAUCCUCCAAACUGGACAGAGGUUCUUUACCGGGAACUGACUGGACAGUUUUUCAGAUUAACCACUCCACCUACCAGCCAGUAAUAUUUGCCAAAGUUAAGACUCCAGAAAACCUUUCUCCUCCCAUCUCUAAACAUGUGUUUUAUGCCACUAUCAUACAUGACCUGGGGCUUCAUGACGGAAUCCAGCGAGUUCUUUUUGGUAACAACUUGAACUUCUGGCUGCACAAGCUCAUCUUCAUAGACGCCAUCUCCUUCUUGUCGGGGAAGAGGCUGACACUGUCCUUGGACAGGUACAUCCUUGUGGACAUUGAUGACAUAUUUGUAGGGAAGGAGGGCACGAGGAUGAACACCAACGAUGUGAAGGCCCUGCUUGACACUCAGAAUCUUUUGCGCACACAAAUCACAAAUUUUACAUUCAACCUUGGAUUUUCAGGGAAAUUUUAUCACACAGGAACUGAAGAGGAAGAUGAAGGGGAUGAUUGUCUGCUGGGGUCUGUGGAUGAGUUCUGGUGGUUUCCUCACAUGUGGAGUCACAUGCAGCCCCACCUCUUCCACAAUGAGUCAUCUUUGAUAGAGCAGAUGAUUCUCAACAAAAAGUUUGCCUUAGAGCACGGCAUCCCUACUGACAUGGGGUACGCAGUGUCCCCUCACCAUUCAGGUGUCUACCCUGUCCACGUUCAGCUUUAUGAGGCCUGGAAGAAGGUUUGGAAUAUUAAAAUCACCAGCACUGAAGAGUAUCCACAUCUGAAACCAGCUAGGUAUCGGAGAGGCUUCAUCCACAAAAACAUCAUGGUUCUCCCAAGACAAACCUGUGGGCUCUUCACACACACAAUUUUCUACAAGGAGUAUCCAGGGGGCCCCAGGGAGCUGGACAAGAGUAUUCACGGAGGAGAGCUCUUCUUCACUGUGGUUCUCAACCCAAUCAGUAUCUUCAUGACACAUCUGUCUAACUAUGGGAACGACCGACUAGGAUUAUAUACAUUUGUGAAUCUAGCCAAUUUCGUGCAGACCUGGACCAACCUGCGUCUUCAGACCCUGCCUCCAGCUCAGCUGGCUCACAAGUAUUUUGAGCUCUUUCCUGAUCAAAAAGACCCUCUCUGGCAGAACCCCUGUGAUGACAAACGCCACAGAGACAUUUGGUCUAAAGAAAAAACCUGCGAUCGUUUACCAAAAUUCUUGGUAAUAGGACCCCAGAAAACUGGUACUACUGCCUUGUGUCUGUUCCUGAUUAUGCAUCCUUCCAUCCUUAGUAACUCCCCCAGCCCAAAAUCCUUUGAGGAGGUACAGUUCUUUAAUAGAAAUAACUACCACAGGGGGAUUGAUUGGUACAUGGAUUUCUUCCCAGUCCCAUCUAAUGUCACCACUGACUUUCUGUUUGAGAAGAGUGCUAAUUACUUCCAUUCAGAGGAAGCUCCUAAGAGGGCUGCUUCUCUAGUCCCGAAAGCCAAGAUCAUCACCAUACUCAUUGACCCGUCAGACCGAGCAUACUCCUGGUACCAGCAUCAGCGAUCCCAUGAAGACCCCGCAGCUCUGAAAUUUAGCUUCUAUGAAGUGAUCUCUGCUGGACCCAAUGCACCCUGGGAACUCCGAACCCUGCAGAAGAGAUGCCUGGUCCCUGGAUGGUAUGCCAGCCACAUCGAGAGAUGGCUUGAUUAUUUCCCUCCAUUUCAGUUGCUUAUCAUCGAUGGCCAGCAGCUAAGAACUGCCCCUGCGACGGUGAUGGAUGAAGUCCAGAAGUUUCUAGGAGUCUCACCUCAUUAUAAUUACUCUGAAGCUUUAACGUUUGAUUCUCAUAAAGGCUUCUGGUGUCAGCUCCUGGAAGAGGGGAAAACAAAAUGUCUUGGGAAGAGUAAAGGAAGAAAAUACCCGCCAAUGGACUCUGAUAGCAGAGCGUUUCUGUCUGACUACUACCGCGACCACAACGUGGAGCUCUCGAAGCUGCUGCACAGGCUGGGGCAGCCUCUGCCCUCCUGGCUGAGACAGGAGCUGCAGAAAGUAAGAUAGCGUGGAGAAAAGAAACAGGAAUCCGUCCAUCCGGGUACUGGCACGGACCUCAUCCAGAGCUCACGGACGCUACCAAAAAGCUGUCAAUCACAUACCUCUGCAUCACGGAAAACAAGCAAGGCUCGUCCAUGCGCUGGCAUGUGGAUGAUUGUGGAGGGUCAGGCAUAACAAUAAUAUAUAUCUUUAAGAAGCUUCCAGGCCUAUGGCCUUCCUCUUAACCCAUAUCUGAUUCAUGUGGAACGGCAACCAAGAUAAAUUUUAAAACAAAACAAACAAACAAAAAAAAGAAACACUGACACAGACCUAUUCCAUUUCAUAGUAAUAUUUACAAUUUUGUAUCUCAGCUACAGUUGUAUUUCUGUAGAUUUGCGGACCACCGUUCGACUGUAAAAUGUUUUCUUUACUUGAUUCUGUGAAGUAUCCUAUAAGCAUCAUGAUGUAGAAUUACAAGUGUGGGAAAAUGCUGCUGGCAUAGGCCACGGUUGUGCAAGAGCAGGGACGGGGGGCAGUCUGUGAGCUUUGUCUCUACACAGAGAAGCAAGGGAGAUGGUUCUCCUUGUGCACAGUCCGGUGUGCUCUCGCCGAUGUAGUUCCGUAUUGUCAACUUGGCAGACAGUAAACAGAAAUCCAAGUUAGCGAAUGUUAACCACAGAAGAGUAUUGACUAAAUCCUCUAAGAGAAAGAUAUGGGGAGCAUAUAAAGAUACACCUUUGAGAACUCUGCUCUCUGCUGUAAGCUGCCGGUCCAUUCUGGCCGCCUCCAGUUGUACCGAAAUGUGUGUGGAGUCUGCAGAAGGAUUUAUUCUCUCGGAGUCAUGGUGACCUUUAAAUGUGUAGAGUGGGCGGGACUGGAGAAAUGGCUCCGUGGUUGGGGGCACUGACUGUUCUUCUAGAGGAGCCAGGUUCAAAUCCCAGCACCCACAUGGCAGCUCACAGCUGCCUGUAACUCCCAAGAUCUGAUACUCUCACAUAGACAAAUAUGCAGGCAAGCCACCAAUGCACAUAAAAUAAAGGUUAAAAAAAAUUAAAGUCCUCAUAAACAUGCAGAGCAGCUGGUGAACAAACUUACUGACUAAAAACUAAGGACAGUUCCUUGCUUAAAGUAUUCAGAUUAAAAUUAUUGCAAAACUGCAUUUUUUCAGAUGAUCCCAAAGAAAACUGUGUAAUGUCCUGGCUUGUGUGACAAUGGACUCACAUACAAAUUUUCAUCUAAUAUGUAAAACGAUGGCUGUGCUUCGAGGUGGAGUGAGCAGGUAAAGUCCGGUGUUUGAGGGUACCUCACAUAUCGUGCCACAUCUUUGCCCAACAGCAGAGCAUCGUCAACUGUAUGAACUAUCUACUAUAAGAAUCACAGGACGGCAAAGAUGAGCAUGGCUCGGGAAAUAUAUCUGAUUUAAAGAAGACACAUGAUGAAUCACGGGUUCAAAACGAGAGUACAGUAGAUCACACUUUCCUGUGUUAAUAGAGACGUAAUUUUGUGUUGGGAUUGACCUAUAUGUAAAUAUAAGGACAACGUUCCUUGCUGCAACUGCACACACUGCUAUAAAGUAUUCUACAAGGUAGGUUUAGAAACAGGAUAUGCCAGAAAGCCAAAGGCCUGAAUAUUUCUGUCUGUCAUUCCAGUCCAUAAAACCACACUGUUACAGCUAUUUGCCAGUUAAAAAACAAGAAUGAAGUGCCCCGCCCCACCCCUACUCCUGCUCACUGUCUAAUUCCUUACAUCCUUAUCCCCACAAUUAUCAAUUUCUCUAUUUAAAGUUUUUCCGUCUUUUAUAAACUCAAAGAAUACAGUGAUUUUUAUUUUCAAGCACUUACCAGAAAGAGUUGGCUAAACAACCAAAUUGUAAGAACCCUGACUGAGGAGGCCAAAUCAAAAUACAGUGAAAUGAGUCUUCCCUCUUAACUGCUGCCACUUUGGAAGCCGACGCCUGCCAAGCCCAGCAGGACAAUCAUCCCUCACAUCUGUGUCCAUUAAUUUAAGAAAAUCGUCUCAAGGGGUCAUGAGACCCAGCAGGUCCAGCUGUUAGUCUCACUGGUGACAGUGUGUCAGCUUAGGAAGCAAGUGGGGAAAUAAGCUGACAUCCGUCUCCAUGUUUGAACCUCUAGAUAAAUUGGCUACUGACAUCCUUUAAUGUAGGGAGACAGUGCCUGGAAAAUAAAUGGCAAAAGUAGAACUUAUAAUGAAUUAGAAAAAAGAGAGAGACAGGACCCAGACCUGCUCAUUCCCAAGUCCGUGUCAGAUGCCGUGUACCAGCAAAAAAGGGUUUUGACCACUAGGCAUGUCAAAGAGGCAGCUUAAAAAUUCUGGAGGACACCCACACGUUUCACACUGUGAGCUCCAGCUGGCUAUUGUGAUAUCCUGAAAGCGACAGAAGUCCAGGAGAAAAGAAUGGAAGAGAACAGGAUUCCAAACUAGCUUUGUAUAGAAUUCCCUUUUUCAUGACUUAUAAUACAGGGCUUCCUCAGGAAGAAAUGAAAUGGUUAUUUCAAUGUUUAUAACUAUAAUAUUCUUGUCAUUCACAUUGAAUGAAAAUUACUGGGAACAUUUUUCCUCCUCUGGGUUUUUAAAAGAAAAAAAAAAAACCCU